CUGACACUGUGUUGCAGAGGGAAUAAAAGAAUGGCGUACGGCUAAUGUCCCAUGGUGAUGGUAAAAACUGCAUUAAAAGAUAGAGGGUUUGGAAUUCCCUGGAAAUAUUUCCUAGAUGUUAGUCGAUAAGACACGACAUAGAAUAUUUUAUGAUUGGAUAUGUGAGCGGCUUUUUGUGAGUGGAAUUUUAUGGAUGUUAAUCAAGGCGCUUUAUAGGGGGAAAUACUGAUUAUAUCUAAACAGAAUCAUCCUGUCCUCAAAUUAUGGCAAUAUGUGGAUGUUAUAAUCGAUUAUUCGUUUGACAAUCGAUCAUACAAAACCAUGACAUGAAAGAUGAAAUUGUGAACUGAUAUAUAAAAGAUUACCUAGAAUGAGUUUUACAUAGAAAACAACGUGACGCAAAAAUUAAAAGUAUGACGUUUACUCCUCGAGGACUCAUGGUGACGUCAGCCGUGGUAGGGGCAAUUGCCGUGGCAACCCUUGCGUUGUCCGUAGCAACGGACGCGUGGUUGUUUACCACAGAAACAUGGGAAGAAUUUAGAGGGAACAAGACCGAAACCCGCAUAAUUGACGCACAUAUGGGUCUGUGGAAAGUUUGCGGCCAGGAAGAGGGAAAGACGUUUUGCGAAUCCUACCACUCAGAGAAGACACAGAAAGAGGGUGAAAAGGAAGAUGGUGCCCAGGCGUCAUUUGCCAUACUGCGUGCAACCAGGGUUGCUGCAAUGUUUCCGGUCGUCUCACUGGUGAUGAUUACCGUGGCGGUGAUCUUGGGUAUCCUUGGAAACAUCCGACAAGACAUUAAAACUCUUCUGGCCGCUGUGCUCUCUAUUCUUGCAGGUUUGACACUUGCGGUAGGAAUAAUUUUCUACAUUUCCGCAAUCAACGACGAGGUCGGCCAUCGAGCAAAAGGCAAAGAAGGGAAAACAUUUAUAUACCAGUAUGGCUGGUCCUUUUACUUCGCGGGUAUAGCAUUUAUGAUUGCUGAGGCGACUGCUGUAGUUUUUGUUACCCAGUUUAUGCAGAGACAUUCCAGUAAAGACGAUAUGGUUCGAAUAAUUCCAGGACUAGGAGAUAAACUGGACUCGGAAAAAGAUGACCCGGACGGAACAACGAAUCCCACAAUAGUUUUAUAAUAAUAAGAAAUUUGUGCUAACAUAGGGCGUUCCAGUGCAUUACUUUUUCUGGUUUCAAUUUCACAAAAAUACCGCGAAGAGGGUACGUUUGUAAUAUUGG